AUGUCCCGAUUCAUCCACCUCUCCUCGCUAUCAUGCAUCGCCCUCAUGUCCACCUACGCCUUCGGCCAGACUUCCUACGCCGGUGGCUGUAACCCGCUCAACUCCACCUGCCCCAUCGAUCCCGCGCUCGGAACGACACUGAACCAGACUUUCACCGCCGCGAGCACUCAACUGAACCCGAAUUUGUGGAAUGUGACCGCUGGAGGGGAAGCGAUACAGUUUGGUGCGAAUGGAGCCGAGUUGGUGAUUUCGAACCCGGGAGAGUCGAUUACGGCGGAGAGUACCUUUUAUAUUCAGUUUGGGCAAGUCGAGGUCAUGAUGCAGGCUGCCGCUGGGCAAGGGAUUAUUAGUACUUUCGAUUUACUGUCCGACGAUCUAGAUGAGAUAGAUUUAGAAAUCAUGGGUGGCAAUACUUCCUUUGUGGAGAGCAAUUGGUACGGAUGGGGAAACACCUCCCAAUUCAACGCCGUCUACCAUCCCCUCAACGGCCCACAAGAGAGCCUCCAUAACUACACCAUCGUCUGGACCAAAGACCAACUCCAAUGGAUCAUCGACGGCAACGUCGCCCGCACGGUCCCCUACGCCGAACCAGGCCAAUACCCGCAAACGCCCUCGAAGCUGAAAUUCGGCAUCUGGGCCGGAGGCGACUCGCCGCAACCCGGUACUGUUGCCUGGGCGGGUGGGAAAGUCGACUGGACGAAAGGACCCUUCACCAUGACCGUGCAAUCCAUCACAAUCACCGACGCCACCACAAACGUAACCUCCUACACCUACGGCGACACCACGGGCUCCUACCAAUCCAUCACCUCCACCCCCGGAAUCUCCGCCGCCUCCAAACUCGCCAAUAAAGUCUCCGCCGCACAGUCGGCGCAGAAACAAUGGAACGGUUUAUCCCAGACCGCCAAGAUCGCUAUUGGCUGUAGUGUCGUGGGCGUGCUGUUGAUUGUCGUGGUGGCGUACACGGCGAUUUGUGUUGUGCAGAGGAAAAAAGGGAGGUUGGAGAGGCAGAGGGCGGAUAGGGAGUGGGAUGAGCAGCAGAAUGAGUUGUUGGCUUAUAGGUCGCGGAUGGCGAAGGGAGGGUUUGCGGUCAGCCAUAUGGGUCAUGGAGAGAAGUUUUGA